CCCCCGGCAGCCCCCGUGCACUAGCGGCGCGCUCCCGCGCUGCCGCCAUCUUCGCUCCGUCUGUCUGUCCGGCGGCCCCUUUGUCUGUCCGCAGCCCCGCCCGGCCCAGCGCUGGAGCCGGUGAGCCCUCCGCCGAGGGAAGGACCCCUCUGCUCCUGGGCCAGGGAAACAUGUCCCGUCGGAAACAGACCACUCCUAAUAAAGUUCAUUGUCUCUCGUACCUUGGUUCUGCCAGUCUGAGGCUGAGAUCGGGACCAAAAGGACAGAAGCAGCACUGCACCCAAUGGAAAUCAUUCUCCAGCACUAUUUGGAAUCAUCCACUGGGGGAGCAAGUCUUCGCAGGGCUGGAGGAGCAAGCCCGCCAGGCCAUGAUGAAAAGUGACUUCCCUGGAGCCUUUGGAGACCAGCGGCCGACAAUUCACCAGUUGCAGGAUCAAGACUCCAGCAGCAGUGACAGCGAUGGUGAGGAAGAGGAGACCACGCAGGAUGAAGUCUCUUCUCACACUUCUGAGGAGGAUGGCACAAUGGUGAAAGUGAAAAAGGAAUUAGAAAACGCAGAGCAGCCUGUAGCUGGAAACCAACGGACUGGAGAAAGUGAGGUGAUUGAGGAUUUGAAUACAGCACCCAUGCUGGGACUGUCGCAGUGCCCACUCUGCCAGCUGGAAUGUGGAAGCAGAGAGCAGCUCAUUGCUCACGUGUACCAGCACACUGCAGCUGUGGUCAGUGCCAAGAGCUACAUGUGUCCAGUGUGUGGCAGAGCCCUCAGCUCCCCUGGGUCCCUGGGACGACACCUCCUGAUCCACUCAGAGGACCAACUAUCAAACUGUGCAGUGUGUGGGGCGCGCUUCACCAGCCAUGCCACAUUCAACGGUGAGAAACUGCCGGAGGUGCUUAGUGCAGAUUCCUUGCCCACCCCGCACAGCGAGGGCCCUUCUGGUGCUGAGGAGAAGGACAUUGCCUUUAACGCCCCCGUGUAUCCUGCGGGCAUCCUCCUAGUGUGCAACAACUGUGCUGCCUAUCGCAAGCUGCUGGAGGCACAGGCUCCUGGCGUGCGCAAGUGGGCGCUUCGCCGGCAGAACGAGCCACUAGAAGUGCGGCUUCAGCGCCUGGAGCGGGAGCGCACGGCUAAGAAGAGCCGGCGGGACAAUGAGACACCAGAGGAGCGGGAGGUGAGGCGCAUGCGGGAUCGAGAGGCUAAGCGCCUGCAGCGCAUGCAAGAGACAGAUGAACAGCGGGCGAGGCGGCUACAGAGGGACCGGGAGGCCAUGAGGCUGAAACGCGCUAAUGAGACCCCGGAGAAGCGGCAGGCUCGGCUCAUCCGGGAGCGCGAGGCCAAGAGGCUCAAGCGGCGCCUGGAGAAAAUGGACAUGAUGCUUCGGGCCCAGUUUGGCCAGGACCCCUCUGCCAUGGCUGCUUUGGCAGCCGAGAUGAACUUCUUCCAGCUGCCAGUGAGCAAUGUGGAGCUGGAAAGCCAACUCCUGGGCAAGAUGGCCUUUGAGGAGCAGAGCAACAGCACGCUGCACUAGGCUGUAGCCCAGCCACCACUGCGGCUCCACGCAGCCCACUGGGCGCCAGCAGCCUUGCUGCUGCCGCUCCCCAGAGGGAGGCUCACCUGGCACCUGACUGACCCUUCCUGCCCCGCCCCCUCACAAAAGGCAGAUCUGGGCUGCUCCUGCACGUGGGAAUGGAGCUGGGAGGCUUCUGCUCAGGCAGCACUGGUGAGAGCGGGCUGUCGGGAUACAGUCUGCUCCAGUGGCCAAGCCACAGCCGAUAAACAGAGGGAAAAUAAAUUAAUUUUAUGUGUAA